AUAACACAACAAAAGAAAAAAAAACACGCCGUUAUUUAUUAUGGGUUGUUGCAUCUCCGCCACGGCCACAGCCACCACCGACAAGAAAGCUGAGCCUGUCUCUGGAAAGAAUACACCACUGCCUCCAGUAGCCGUUGUCGAGGAAGAGACAGUAGUCAAAGAAGUCUUGUCCGAAACCACAUUGGUAACUUCAUUAACCGACAGUUCGGCUAUGGAAACGACAACGAACAAGAUUCCAGAGGUCGAGGAGGAGAAGGAGAAGAAACCGGGAGUUGUCGACGCUGCUCCAGACCCGGUUUUAACCGAGAACGGUUCGGUUGAACCGAUGAAAGGAUCGGAGGUUUCGGAAGUCUGCAGUUUGAGCGAGAGCCUGCUUUCUAUCGUGAGUGGGUACGACGAGGAAGAAAUGAAACAGAGGAAACUGCAUGGAGUAAGGCAGAAGUCUCCGGCGAAAUAUCGUGACCGGGUCAUGGUUAAUAAUUAUCCGACCCGGAGAACAGAUAUGUCUCCACGUAAGAGAAACACUGAAGGAGGAGGAGGAGAAGGAGCUGGCUCGGUGAGGCUGGUGCCAUCGGGUACGGGUCAGAGAGACCCGACUGAAAGGUCCGAGAGGAGGAGGUCCAGGUCACCGGCCAUCAACAGACCCGUCAUGGUGGGUCAGUGUCGGAAUCAUUAUGCAAGUUCGGACAAUGGUGGAGUAAUGAUGAAAAAAGGUCAGUCUCCGGGUCGGGUGAGACCUAAUCUGAAUAAAAACGGGUCGGAGCAAGAUUGUCAUCAUCAGUGGCCGAGUUGCACCAGAGAGAAUGAUAAUUCUACUUCUAAUGAUUCUUUUGAAAACCCUCUUGUAUCGUUAGAGUGCUUCAUUUUUCUAUGAGAUUAGUAUUGUGAAGAAGAAUAUUCCAGGCAUAAUACUCUUAAUUAUCAACGGAUUUUAAUCAAAUAGCUUGUUUAGCUUUAUAUUGGGUUGGUUUAUCUACUCUCGGUCUUCAUAAGUUUUA